AUGUCAAAUGGCACACAAACAGAUUUUACUGUUGAUGAGAAAUUCAUGCCUGCUACUGAAGAUGCCUCUACAGAAUUAUUUGAAGGAAUUGAUGAAGUUUAUUUUUCAGAAAUUGGAUUUAAAGCAAUUAACCACGAAUUGGAGAAACUUUGUGAUACUUUAUUUGAAACAGAAGAUUUACAAAAAGAAAUGUUUAAAUUAAAAAAACAAAUGCAACUUGUAUCAAAAAAGAUAACUUCUUUUGUUGCAAAAAAUUCUUUAGAAUUUAAUAGAAAUGUUGAAAAUUUGGAUGUUAUCCAAAAAGAAGGAGAAACACUUUUAAAUUUAAUUAAACAAUUGAGAAGGUUAGUAAAUUAUUGUUACAAAAAAUGUCGAGCAUCUUCUACUGUUCUUGCUAUAGAAUUUAAACGACAAAAAAUGCUUAAAAUUAAAGAAGAAAUGGUUAAUAUACAAAAACUUUACAAAACUGAAUUUAAAUUGAAAGAAUUAAUUCAAGCAGUAUAUUUACAUUUGUUCAAUUGGCAGUUGAAACAAUUACUGAAAUAA